AAUUUGUUGAAAUGAUGGUCGUGUAGGUCAUAGAAUAUGGCAAACAGGAAACGUCAAAGCACCGCGGCCAGCAUGCUGGACCAAAGACCAAGAUCCUGCCCUUCCUCUCCUCAUAUUGGCAGCCGUGAUAAUGAGGACUCUGUAUACGAGGAGCCUGUGGUGCAUGAGUACACUAAUACACAGAUACCCAGCAUGCACACUACAACCAGCCAGGAGGAACAAGACUGUAAUGACAACAGCGGUGAUGGGGAUUCAAGUUCUGACUAUGUAAAUAACACUUCAGAUGAGGAGUACGAUGAAGGGCUUCCGGAUGAAGAGGAGGGAAUCACAUAUUAUAUACGGUAUUGUCCUGAAGAUGAUAGUUACCUGGAAGGUAUGGACUGCAAUGGGGAGGAGUAUAUCCACAAUGAGGAGCGCCAUAUAGAGACAGAUGAAUGUGUUGAAGCAGUGGAAGAGGAAUGGACAGAAUCCAAGAUUCAGCAGCAAGAAUGUACUGAUGAAGAAAUAGGGCAUGAAAGUCAGAUUCAAAUGUUGGAGGAGGAUAAUUCAUCUUCAUUAGAAGUUCAAGAGGAAACAGCUCAAUAUAGUGAAAAUGAAGAAGCAUAUCAAGACUAUUAUCCAACAGAAACAAAUGGAAAUUCACUUCCACAAUCCCCAUUUCAUGCAAGGAAAACUGAGGCAGAAGCAGAAGAUCAAGAGGAAGACAUUGAUCAAAUUGUUGCUGAGAUUAAAAUGAGUAUGAGUAUGAGCAGCAUAAAUAGUCCUACUGACAUGAGUCCUGAGCACACUGUGCCAGAAGAUGUGCCAAAUGACCAUAAGGAAACAUGCCAGAACACAGAUGCUGCCCAUACUGCUAGCAAACAUGAAGGUCGCCCAAAAUCUUUAAAUAUUCCCUCAGCUUCAAAACAUGUUGGUGACAGCCAAAGAAAUUACAAAGGAAAAGUUCGAACUCCAGAAGAAAGGCAGAAAUGGUCCCAUGAACAGGUGUGUAACAGUGCAGAACAGCCCAGAAAACAGCAGCGUUCUGACCUUAAUGGCCCAGUUGAUAACAACAAUGUGCAAGAGCAAACCAAAAAGGUGGCAUCUUUUCCAAGUUUUGUUGAUGUGCCUGGUCCCUGUGAGCCAGAGGAUCUUAUCGAUGGAAUCAUUUUUGCAGCCAAUUUCUUGGGUUCCACUCAGCUAUUGUCAGAACGUAAUCCGUCAAAAAACAUCAGGAUGAUGCAAGCACAGGAGGCUGUUAGCCGCGUGAAGAGGAUGCAGAAGGCUGCUAAAAUCAAGAAAAAAGCGAAUUCAGAAGGAGAUUCACAGAUGUUAACAGAAGUUGAUCUUUUCAUAUCGACACAAAGGAUCAAGGUCUUAAAUGCCGAUACACAGGAAACAAUGAUGGACCAUGCACUACGGACAAUCUCUUACAUUGCUGAUAUUGGUAACAUUGUUGUUUUAAUGGCAAGACGCCGAAUGCCAAGAUCUGCAUCUCAAGAUUGUAUAGAAACCACACCAGGUGCUCAGGAGGGAAAGAAGCAGUACAAGAUGAUCUGCCAUGUCUUUGAAUCAGAGGAUGCACAGCUCAUUGCUCAGUCUAUUGGCCAAGCUUUUAGUGUUGCUUACCAGGAAUUUUUACGAGCCAAUGGGAUCAACCCUGAAGACCUGAGUCAAAAAGAAUACAGUGAUAUUAUAAAUACUCAAGAAAUGUAUAAUGACGACCUUAUACACUUCUCCAAUUCUGAGAACUGCAAAGAGCUGCAGGUGGAAAAGCUCAAGGGAGAGAUAUUGGGAGUCGUUAUUGUGGAAUCCGGAUGGGGUUCAAUACUUCCCACUGUUAUUCUGGCCAAUAUGAUGAAUGGAGGGCCGGCUGCUCGGUCCGGGAAACUCAGCAUUGGUGACCAAAUCAUGUCAAUAAAUGGAACAAGCUUGGUCGGUCUUCCUCUAGCAACAUGCCAAGGUAUUAUUAAGGGCCUUAAGAAUCAAACGCAACUAAAGCUGAACAUUGUCAGUUGUCCCCCUGUGACUACUGUCCUCAUCAAGAGACCUGAUCUGAAAUACCAGUUAGGAUUCAGUGUUCAGAAUGGAAUAAUCUGCAGCCUUAUGAGGGGAGGGAUUGCAGAGAGAGGAGGUGUGCGAGUGGGACACCGCAUCAUUGAGAUCAAUGGGCAAAGUGUUGUGGCCACAGCUCACGAGAAGAUUGUCCAGGCACUCUCCAACUCAGUAGGAGAGAUUCACAUGAAGACCAUGCCAGCAGCGAUGUUCAGACUUCUCACUGGGCAGGAAACCCCUCUUUACAUAUAACAAUGAGCAGCCAUAAAGAAAACGCUUUUCAAUCCUAGAUCAAUACAUUCACACAUCAGAAGAAAUACUGGACAGACAUUUUGUAUUUUGAACAAAAGAACAACAAAUAUCAUCAGACUUUUGCUUUUUCGCCUUUUUAUUUUUCCUUAUUCUUUUUUUUUUUCUUUUUUGCUUCUUUCUUUUGCCAAAGGAGAUACCAGUUCUGAGCCUGUUCAUCAGCAACAAGGACAAUUUGUAAAUGACAGCAGGAUAGUCUGGACUAAUUCCCCUUCAUGAAUAGUGACAAGGAUAUUUAUUUGUUAUUGUACAUGUAGUGUUUUAGUGUAAGUGCUGUAUGUUACAUUGGUGAGUGUGGAAAAGCAGACAUGUUGGAAGCUGGAAAUACUGCACACUGGAUUCUGUAGGUCAGUGUAGGUCAGGCUAUGGUCAUGUGGAAACUUAAUGCUAUGUAGGUCCCAUUAAACACAAUCCCUACAAUCUCAAUAUUAAUCUAACAUAUUUCAAUAUCUCCACUAUCAUUUUAACUGACUGUUCUUAAGACAUUCAUAUAUGUUAUGUGUAUUUGAUGUAAUAGACCACAUUGGCCUUUAUUUAAAAGUCAAGGAGCAAUGUGCACACUGGCAGUAGCCCAAUAUUGACCAAUUAGAAAUAAUAUUUCAUUGUUUUAU